CGGGCAUCUCAUGACGUCAUCGCGCUGUCCGGAAGUGCCAAAAACGUGUGUCCCCUCUCUGCUCCCAGCCCCUUGGCCUUGUUGUCACUCUCGUAGUCAUGGGUCGCUCCCGCCGUACAGGCGCGCACCGAGCACACUCCUUAGCCCGCCAGAUGAAAACCAAGAGGCGGCGGCCAGACCUGGAUGAGAUUCACAGGGAGCUGCUGCCUCAGGGUCACACCCGGCCCAGGCCCGACCCGGACACCGAGCCCGACCCGGACUUGCCAGGAGGCGGCCUGCAUCGCUGUCUGGCUUGCGCGAGAUACUUCAUCGAUUCCGCCAAUCUGAAGACUCACUUCCGAUCCAAAGACCACAAAAAAAGGCUGAAACAGCUGACUAUCGAGCCCUACAGUCAGGAAGAGGCGGAGAGGGCAGCGGGCAUGGGCUCCUAUGUGCCCCCCCAGCGGCUGGCAGUGCCCACGGAAGUAUCCACUGAGGUCCCUGAGAUGGAUACCUCUACCUGACAUGACCUGAGUAUGCAGGGCAGAGGAGCUGCCCAUGGACAGUGGUGCAAGGCUAGGCUAGGAGAAAGGGUACCAAACCAUUCGGAGCCCCAGGUUUAGUGAGUAGAUGACUUCUUCUGGGUGCCCUCUGCCCAAUAAAGGAACUGGAAAAUAGGGCUUACUUCUGACUCUUAACUUACAGACCUCUGCCACAAAAUCCCACUGCUUUCAGUGUACAGGGUCCAGGAUAUCUACUCCCUCCUUGACCCACCUUUGGAACCUGCCUUCUUUCCUGGGUCUUAGCACAUGAGCUGGAGCCCAGGUACAGUGUGAAAUGGAAAAGUAGGAUUGGGUUUAUUCUGCCCUGCUUCAAAUAAGGGCAGGGACUGAUCGCCAUGAAAAAAGUGGAGUUCUGAGAUUUCAGCCCCCUCCCCUGAGUCACCUACCUCCAGAGCCUGCAUGAAAGGCUGUCUGCUUCAUCAUGGGGCCUGUGAUGGUGGCUGCUGCCCCACCAUCUUCCACACAGCGUAGCAGGAGCCACCCAGCCCAAGGACAGCCAGCAGUGUAGCCACAACCCCAGCCAGUGGACUCCGGGACUCUACCUUCAGCUUGCCAGCCACCUGCAUCUAGUGGGGGUACCCCGAAGAUGCAUCUGAGAGGCUAGUUGAGAUUUUUAGGCAGGCAGGAGCUAAGAAGUUGCAGCUGGGUAAAAAAGACAGGGACGCCAUUGCGGCCCCAGGGAGAUUCCACCCCAAUCCCUCUCACUUCACUGCCCAUCUUGGCCCUGGUUAGUCAGGUGGCAGUAAACAUGACAGCCUGACUGUUGGCAUCAGUCCAACCAUGGUAAGGGGAGGAAGAGGUCAGUGAUGCUAGAAACCAUCCCAUUAGGAUUACUUACCUGUAGUACCCGGAAGUAGCCAGGGGUCAGGUGUCUAAAUCGCAUGGCUGGGUGCACUAGUGUCCCAGAUGGCCUGUGGGAUAGAAGCAGAUACAAAGACCAGUGGUGUUCUUGGUACCAAGAAGUAGAGGGUACAGGGGUCUCUGGCCUCUUGUAUGCAUGACAGUCAUGUCCUCAGACUGUGCUCACCCGUGCAAGCCUGCCCAGGUCUGGCAAGGGGCAGGGCAACUGAAUCUUUAAAUCUAGUCUGCUUGCAUUGUGUCCCCCCGCCCCCUGGCUGCCUGCUGUCCUGCCAGCUGUAGGAGCAGCUGUCAGGAGAGAUCAGCAUCAGGUCUGAGCAGCACCUCCCCCAUCUUCCAGGGAUACCAGGCCUGGUAGGCAGGAGAGGCCUUGGCUGGAAGCCCUCAGGAGUCCCAGGUGUGGACCAGGUACUGGGCAGACCUCCCUCAACCCUGGUCCAGACCCUGUGCUAUCUCAGAUGAUUGGAUGCUACCAAUCAGCAUUCAGCAAAGGAGGGACAGGGUGCUUCAGUUGCCUCUCUCUCAAUAGCGGUAUACUUUUUCUACUUGUUUCUAUAAAAUUGGCCACUUGUACUUUUUUUUUGAGAGAGGGUUUCAAUAUGCACUUCAGACUGGCCGUGAAUUCACUAUGUAGCCCAGGACUAGGCGUGAUGGCACAGUCCCAGCACUUGGGAGACUGAAGCAG